AAUGAAACUUUUACCCGUCCUGCAUAUAAUUGUGACUGUCAUAAAUUUCUGCUGUUCUUCUCACGCCAACUGACAGUAAAUUCGUCAUUCUUCAUUGUAAUUAUCCACCAGGUCAAUAUUAGUGUAAACAAUCGAUAAUUAUUUUGUACCUACUAUUUCUUUUGGCACAACUGACUGACAUUAAUCUAUAAAUUAUGACAAGCGUAAUAAUUGUUCACGUGGAAUUUUCCAGAAUUUACGGAUGCAUGAUUAAAUAACAUUGCGUUGUAGGAUUCUGUUAUUUUAUGUUGAUAGAGUUAUUGUAAGUCCACAUGUUUUGGCGACGACUCUUUAACUCUUCUUCUUUUCUGAUGGCUUCUUUCUCAUAAAGGAGAUGUGUCAGUAGCAAUCAGUAGUCUCGUCAGCUCGUGAUUAAAUUAUUUUAUAUUUAUUUUCUAUAUAUUAAGUUAACCCUUGUUUUCUACUGUUGGGUUUCAGGAACCCUACAAACUUGUGAAACCCGGUGAACGUUUGAAAACAAUACCAAGCGAAGCUUAUUUAGUCAUUUUCUUUAAACUUUAACAGGCGUAGGUAACAAUAUGAAAGUAAGGGGAUAAAGGUAGUUUCUUUUAUACUUUGUAAUUUUUGUAAGUCAUAUGAUAUAAACAGCUGUAAACAUGCAUUUAAGAAUUUAUCGAAUAUCUCGUAAUCUACUGUUGCUUCAAUAUCUACAGUUCAGGUUAUCUGGUGCUCAGUCAGUAAAGUAGCUAAGGUAUCUGUUUGCAAAUGACAACAUGUCGGCAAAUGUUUGACGCUUUUGGAGCAGGUUAUGCCGCAGAUUUUUUAACUCGUUUAAACAGAUGUUAUUUCUUUAGUAAAUUUCAGUGAUAUUAAAAAUGUCGACGAGUAAAAGUACCCGAGAGGUUCUUCUAUCUUUAGUGGAUGAUAUUGAAUUAAUAGCCAAGGAGCUAAUUGAGAACACAAUAGCACAGAAACACUUGAAGCUUUCAAGUACUGAACAUGCACAAUUGACAGAACUUUUGGUAGCAAAGGACAAUGAAUUGAAAUCAACAUUAAAGCGAGCUGCUGAGCAAGCCAAAAUAAAUUUGAAAAUGGAAGCUUUAAAAGCUGAAGUUGGAAGGCAGGAUCAGGACAUUCAACAGUUGCAAAGGCAGUUGAAAGAAGCUGAGCAAAUUCUUGCUACUGCUAUCUACCAGGCAAAACAGAAAUUGCAGUCUAUUGCACGUGCAAAUAAGAGACCUGUUCCUUCGGAAGAACUCAUUAAGUUUGCUCACAGGAUUAGUGCAUCGAAUGCAGUUUGUGCACCACUUACGUGGCAACAAGGAGAUCCUCGGCGACCAUAUCCAACAGACAUCGAAAUGAGAUUGGGUUACUUGGGGAGGCAAAGCGAUCUUCCUUUAAAUGGACAACUUCUUGGAUCUCAUCCAGGUAUUACCUCAGACCUUCAUAGAACAGGUCAUCCCGCAGGAGAACCACCUGUCUCACAGGCAAAUCAGUUUGCUUGGCAUCCUUCGGGGGAAAUUCAUAUGAGUAUGGGAGGACAGGGCAGUGUUGCUAUGAACACCCACAAACAAGAAACGGAAGACGUGGAAGUUAUGUCUACAGAUUCUUCCAGUAGUUCGUCCAGUGAUUCUCAGUAAAAUAUUGAUCUUAAUUGUAUUUUUAUGUUAUAUCAGGUUAUCCCAUAAGUAAUGCGGUUAUUUCCAAUAGUGCACAAACAGCUGAAAACCGCAUUACUUAUGAAAUGACUUGAUACAUUAGAACAGUGUUUCAAUUAUUAUUUAAGAACGUACACGGUCAUCUAAUAUGAUAUAAAAAACAUUUAAUAAUUCCAUCCAUGUGGAGUUAUAUGUUUUAUUAAUAAUACAAAAUAUAUAAAAUGCUUUUCUAAUAUAAUUCAAUAUACCAUUUAUUAUGCUAAUUUCAAUGAUGUGAUUUAAGUACAUUCAAAAAGUAUCCGAGGUAGAAAAUCUUGUAGUACUGGUAUGCUAAAAUACAUCUCUGAAUUUGCCUGUGAAGAAUCGAAUAAUUUAGUAAUACUGUUGUACAACCAAUAAAGCAUUACAAAAAGUA